GAAGCUGUUUCCUGCACACAGUCCAGGCUCUUUGUGUUUAUUAUGGUCUGUCUGUUUUGCAGCUAAACAUUUGAGACAACAGCAGUUUUUUUUAAAUAAUAGCCUGAAUGCUCCAUUAAACGGAGGAGGAAGGACGCUUCCUCUUGGACAGCUUUGGCAAAACUGUGGAAACCUCUUCCCACACACGGUGCUCCAGUGCGGGUCUGUUUUAAGUGUUUUCUAACACUUGCUCUGUCUCCAUCUACUGGAAAGAGGUGUUGGACCGACCAGUAUCCAGGCUGAGUUCAGAGGCAGAAAGAAGACAACACAAAUAGCUGAUCGAGGCCCCGUUUGAUUCACAGGAAUUUGGCUCUUUUCCGAUUACAGGAGAUAAAACCCGAGCCGUGCCAGGCUUUCUGGGAUGGAUCCGCUUUUCAGAUCUAUCGCUGAAUUUCCUCCACAGCUCAUCAUCAUCAUCAUCAGCCGCUGACAGCAGCAGCAGCCAGGAGGGGAGCCCCGCCGUCCCGUGGAUCCGAGGCCACAUCACAACACCACGCAUGGAAACAUGGCUGCUAUGAGGACUUUAACCGUGGCGGGUCUGUUUUUGGCUUUCUGCGCCCUGGGACUGAUCGCCGUGGCCAUCAGCACCGACAACUGGUACGAGACGGACGCCAGGCGGCACCGGGAGCGCUGCAAGAAUUACUCGAAUAAAAGGAACGACCCGGGCUACAUCUACAUCUCCAACCUGCCGCUCCGGAUGCUGCCGAAGGACAAAGCCGCCUCCGGGAGGAAAGGCGGCGACGCGCUGGAGCUGCUGCGGGCCAAGCGCCACUUCCUGCCGCCGCCUGCCUCCGCCAUGGAGUCCCUCUGCAGUCGGCAUUUUAACUCCACCAUCACCGGACUGUGGAGGAAAUGCCACCGGGAGGGAUUCGACCUGGAGACGGAGGAUUUGAUCUUUAAAGGACUGAUUUCGCGCUGCACGCCCAUCAAAUACUACUACUCAUCAUCAGCGCUGCCCAGGAACCUGCCAAUCAACCUGACCAAGACUAUCAGGCAGGAUGAGUGGCACGCGCUACACCUCCAGAGGAUGACUGCCAGCUUCAUCGGCAUGGCCAUCUCCAUCAUCCUGUUCGGAUGGAUCAUAGGCGUGCUGGGCUGCUGUCAGGAGCAUGAUCUGAUGCAGUACGUGGCUGGACUCCUCUUCCUCAUGGGAGGCACAUGCUGCAUCAUCUCCCUCUGCACAUGCGUGGCCGGGAUCAACUUUGAACUUUCCCGCUAUCCCCGCUACAUGUUUGGAAUCCCAGAGGACAUCAGUCACGGCUACGGCUGGUCCAUGUUCUGUGCGUGGGGCGGACUGGGCCUCACGUUGCUGGCUGGCUUCCUGUGCACGCUGGCUCCUUCCCUUUACCCCCCGCACACCCCUGUGGCACACAAGCCCAGACAGGAAAAUGGCUGCGUGUGACGGGCCCGACCUGCCUCCAUCUUUGGAUCCAGAGACAGGUCUUAUCCGGGUGGCGGGACUCAGUGAGACCUUCACGCACCAAGGAGAAAUACCGGGACUCCCACUCACAUGACAAAGAGGCGACCUUUGACUGAAUUUCAGUUCCUCUGGUGCUUUUUUUCUGUCCCUCUUUAUGAACGAACUGUUUAAUGUCAUUGCUUGCUCUCCAGGAGGAGAACAUGAUCAUUUCUUCCUUUAAAGUCUGCUGGUUUGAGAAGAAAAAAAAAAGAAAGAGAUAAAAAAUAGGAAAAAUAAACACUGGCAGAAGACAAAUAGCACAACUUUGAUGAAAUAAACUGUACAAAAGUUAAAACUAUGGAUGUGUAUCAUCACAUUUCAAAGGGCAACUGUGUAUCAUUAUGUAACCAUUCAAAACAAAACAUGUACUUUUUGACUUGUAUGUAUGCAGAUGCAUUUGUGUUUAUCCGAAGGGGAAAAAAAGAGCAUCAAGACCAAACUGUGUGUUUAAGGGAAAUGUUUCGUUCUUUUUGAGGUCUGAUCCCCGUCAAGAUAUUUUUUGAAAAAAUAAAACAGCCAUGCAAAAGGAAAGUUU